CAUAUACCUUGACAGCGUACUGUUUUGAUGUUAAGUUUAAAAUAUUGUAAUUAACACUUACAGAGAAUGCAGAGAACUGCAGUCUUCUUUCACCAUCUGUAGUCCAGACAGGGAACCCCCUGGAUGACCAACUUGUGUUCAUAAUCUCCACUCCUCGACAUGCACAUCUAAGAGCUUAAGAUAUCGACCAUUAAAAUGUAGAAAUCAAAUCAAGAAAUUGGACAACAUCAAAUAAUUACCAUCCAGAUUUAAAUUUGAAAGAACACGUGAAAAUAAAGAAAGAAGAAGAAGAAAUAGAUAUUAAAUCUUUGGCCAUGAAAAGAGAGGACGAGUGUGUACAGCUUUUUGCAGAACACAAGACAGUGAAGAAAGAGGAAGAAACAGAUAUGAAAUCUCUGGCCAUAAAAAGUGAGGAGUGUGAGAAUUGUGGACAGCUAUUUGCAGAACACAAGACAGUGAAGAAAGAGGAAGAAACAUAUAUGAAAUCUCUGGCCAUAAAAAGUGAGGAGGAGUGUGAGAAUUGUGGACAGCUUUUUGCAGAACACAAGACAAUGAAGAAAGAGGAAGAAACAGAUAUGAAAUCUCUGGCAAUAAAAAGUGAGGAGGAGUGUGAGAAUUGUGGACAGAUUCCAUAUCAUGGGGCUAUUAUGGUUAAACCAAAGAAGCGAAGCAAUUCAUACAGACUAAAUCUUAAAUCUGAAGGUCUUUUCUGCUGUUCUGAAACAAGAAUUCAGUUCCUGGUGACAUCACCAGUGGUUAUUGACUAUGCUCUUCAGUCCUGGAACACAUAUUUUAAUGACAUCGAGAAGCAAGGCUAUGAGAUGGCUGGUCCUCUGUUCAACAUCAGGAUUGGUUCAGAUCCUACUGUGGUGAAAUCCGUAUACCUACCUCAUAAUUUGUGUCUGAAAGGGUUGGACACAGACCUAUAUAAAAACAUUAAAGUUUUUAAUUUGAAUGAUGCUGGCAUGACACUGGAAUCCCCAACAAGAAUUGAACCAUAUUAUGUUGAGCUUCUAAAUCCAACCUUCUCCCCUGUUGGAGUUGUGGUGAGAAGACUUAUCUCAUACCUCAUUGGAAGACAUGGACGCAUUCUGAUUUUCUAUAAAUGCUCUGAUGGGCAUACGUUUCAUCUUUUUCUAACUCCUCUCUGUGAUAUCACCAAGCAGGCUAUAGAAGAAAAUGAAAAAAAGGCUCAUUUUAAAAAUUUGAGGAAACCUCCUCAGUCCCUCACUGUGCUAUACACAGGGAAAAAAUACAUUGUGAUGGGACCAGGAGAAGCAGAAAUAUAUCCUGAGGAACUGGAGUUUUCUAACUUUCCAAAUGAAAUCUUCAGUGAAAUACAUAUGAAGAUGAUUGCAAAUGAUUUUCUGUUACAGCUGCUAACAAAAGAACACAAAGAAUUAGUCUGGUGUGCAAAAGUGAGACAAGGAGAACUAAGAGAAUUAAACCAAGUCAAUAUGAGAGCCGUUGGACCUGAUCAUGGAGACAUACUUAUUCGUCAUCUGGAUAAUCUAAUUGAAAAAGAUCACAAACGGUUUAGAGACAAGUUGGCUGAAUUUCAUUUUAAUAACAUCCCUCCUAUACCAUGUGGAAAAUUAGAAUAUGCAGACUCUGUGGACACAAAGAGGCUGCUUUUAGUUCAUUAUGGAGGGGAUGCUCUGAACGUUGCAAUUAAAGUUUUACAGCAAAUCAAUCUGAAGGGACUUGCAGCCCAAAUAAAAAAGGAACUUUAAUUUCAUUUGAAGACAAGAGAUGAUGAUCUACUAGAAUUAACGGAACUGGCGUUUAUUUAAUGUCUGCGGAUUUAUCUAAUCUUCAGACUGGAAUCCUGUGAUCUUCCUACCAGUUACAAUGUGAAACAACCAUCUAUGGUCAAUAUCCUGAUUAUAUUUUAUACAAUGUAUUUGUCUACCUUGCAUUUUUAUGAGAGAUUUUAUAACUUGUUAGUUCCCCUGUUUUAUAAUGAGAUUUCUAAUUGUCAUAUUUAAUCAUUUUUAAUAAAGAGGAAUAUUAUUAUUAA